AAAAUGCAUAUCAUAAUGAUGUUCCUUUGUUGAUACAUAUAUAUAUAAAUAUAUACAUAUUUAUAUAUAUAUGUGUGUGUGUGUGUAUGUGUGUACAUAUGUGUCUUUCUUUCGUUAUGAUCGGCAGGAAUAUCGUUAUAAACAACGGGUGCAAUAAUCCAACGGGUGAUAGUAGUUUGUUAAUAAGCAAACCGGAACUUACAUAAGCCAUACCCCGAUCAUACAUAAUAGAUGUAAAUAAAAGGAAGAAGAAGAAGAAUAGAGAAGAGAAAGAAAGAGUCGGAGGAGGAGGGAAUAAUAAUAUCGUCGUCAACAAUAAGGCCAACAACAACAACAACAAACAAAAGAAAUAAUUUGUAUCUUUUAUAAGAAAGAAGAUAAAAAAAUAUUCCUCCACCAGAAAAAAAAAAGACAACAAAAAAAACUGGUGGUUGUGGGAGUAGUAAACCGGAACCACACCGCCCUCAUCAUCAUCAUCAUCAUCAACAAUGUAAUUGUUAUCAACAACCACCGCCACCACCACCAUCGCUGCCCACACCAAGAGUAACAAUAACAAGAGUCUCUACUACAGCUUAGAGAAAGAAAGAGAGAGAGAGAGCUGUGGUGGAAUUUACUAGAACGAAUAAUAAUAUACCAUUGGCCACCACCGUCAACAACAUUACUUAAGUAUCGACUAUUAAUAUUAUCAUCAUCAUCAUCAGCAUUACAAACAACAACGGCCGAACUGACUACUUCUAAGUCUCUACAAUAUUUAUAUAUCAUUAAUGAUACUACCACUCGUUACGAACAACAAGAAGAACAACAACAAGUAAUAUUAACAACAACAAAGUACCACCAUCGUUUUAAACACCAACAUUAAUUAAUAAUAUCAACAAUAUUUUACUAUUCAGACCUAUUCAAGAUCUUGGCCUGUUUUUUCUUUUCUUUUUUUUUUGAAAUUUCUUCCGGGAUCAUUUAUAAAAAAAAAAACCCAGUUACAGUACCAGCUAAAUACUAAGGGAGUGAUUUAAAUUUAAAUCCCCAUUUUUACCAUUCCUAGAAGUGAAUGAAAUACUAAUAACAAUAAUAAUAUGAAUAAUUAUUAGAACAAAAAGGCACCACCACUACUACUACUACUACUACUUCUACUACUACUACUACUACUACUAGUGAAAGAAGAAGAAUCAUUCAAACGGCAACACGGUGCUGCUAUCUUAAUUACUACAAGCAACGUUAAUAAUAACGUCUUCGAUUAUCGCCGCCACCUUCACCAUCAAAGAUUUUUCCAGGAUCACCACAUCCCCCCAACGCGACCCCACAUUCUCAAUUAUCAACAUCACCACCAAACAAACUCCACCAUUGCCGCUUCUAUCACUAAUCCUAUGUGUUCAUCAUCAACAAAAAGGCCACAAGGAAAUCCAACCGUUAUAUCUCUGAAGAACUAGAAGACGAAUGGUUUAAGCCCAUGACGUAAUUAACCGUUUUAAAUAUACAGAUAGAUAGAUAGAUAGACAGACAGACAAAGGGCUGUCUUGUAGACGGCACAAUGUCUUUUACUUCUUCUACGUCUGCUACUAUCGCUGCUACUACAUCUACAAAAGCUGCAACUGUUACGAGUACUUCGGGUAGCAGUAGUGCAUUGCACCCGUCUAUGGCAGUGGACAGCGUCGCGGUCACCAGCGGUACCAGCACCGCCUCUACAACGGUCAUCAGUACUUCGACCACAACAUCUACCACUACCACUACCACCACGAGCAACACGGCCACCACCAGCCUGGAGAGUUCGUUCGAGCUGUCCGGGGGAGCGGUCCGCGUGGCCGUGGAAAGGUGUCCAGUUUGUACGACCACCCGUCGACCUUUCUAUUGUGCCAGCUGUGUGAAUACGGGACAGUUCAACUACUCGAACUAUGUACACCAACAUAAACAAUCUGACCAGGAGAGAUACUGUGAUAAACUCGAGAGAUGGAUAGAUAGUAAGGCGAACCGGGAACGAUACCUGCAGAGUAUAAAACCUGGACUCGAGAACAAGUAUACAGCAGAAAAAAAGAAAUGGGAGUUGGAAAACUUAAAGGAAAAAAUCCGGCUUUUGAAACUCAUUUUGGCAGCUGAGAAAGAAUCAUUGCAGAAAGAUAAGGAGAAGCUUGCCGAAGACAAAAGACUGAAUCGGAUGCGCACAGAACGGGCCAAAGUGCACCGCGACAAGAAAUUGCGCAUCGUGAAGCUCUGUGAUAACAUUAAGAACAAGAUUAAAGAACAAAAUGUGAUAUUAAAGAAAGAUGUAGAAAAACUGGUGAAAGAGAGACGUUCACAAGCUAAUAUUUUAGUUCAGUACAUUUUCCCUAUUUCUGAAAUCAAACCAAACAGUGAUUCUGCAAUGGAACUAAGUACAGAGAGUGCCUUAAAAGAUGCUUGCCAGACUGCUUACAUGAAGGGGUUUUGGGUUUACGGUGACAAAACUGGGGACAAUCAAUACCAGAUUGUGAGCCCCACUUUACCGGCGAAUGGCGACUUCUCAAUAUACCACAUGGCUGUUGAGGCUAAGUCCGAAGUUAUACCUGACACAGAACCUAGUCACUGCAACCCAGCACACACCAUCAGUGCUGCCCUCUGUUACACCACACAGCUGGUCAGUGUCCUUAGUUACAUACUGGACGUCACGCUACCACGGCGACAGUCUUACAUUGACUUCUGCCGUGGGGACAUGUCCAAAAAACAGUUCAACAGUGCUGUGGGGAGAUUGAAUCAGAAUAUUGUCCAUUUGUGUCAAUCCCAGGGGGUGCCAUCUGAAGAAAUCACCCCCAUGCUACACCUCCAGAAUAUUUUGCUUUUGCUAAGUUCACCUCGGCUUGGAAGUGAGAGCCCGUUCGAAGCUCAGGCCGAUAUCAUCCAGUCUAUUGAGAAGAUCAGUUUGUCCGACGACAGCGAAGAAGACCGCGAUUCCAUCGUCGACGAGACGGACUCCAACUUCGACUGGGAACGUGUCUGCUAUGAGAUACCGGAGGUGGAUCGAACGGGUCAAGUGGCUUCCUACAUCCCCAACAUUGCGACGUCGACACCCAUGGAACCACAGACGACGGCGGGAAGCAUCAUGUCUACUGCUGCUGCAUCUGUGGCGUCAUUCUGGAGAGCUGCUGCCAGCCAUUUUGAUCGACGCUGACGAGGAUAAAACUUCUGUUGCAUUCAAGCAUUUUUUUGUUUUUGAGUGUUUGGAUGUCCGUUUCUGCUUGUGUGUGUGUGUGUGCAACCAUAGGUAUUUGUAUCAGUGUGGUUAUAUCUACAAACACAUACGUGUGUGAGUGUGCAAAUAUCUACUCGUACAUAUGUGCACAAAUGAAUAAAAAAAUAUGUUUGUGUAUAUA